AUGAUCACUGGACUGGCUGCUGUGGUUCUACUUCGUACAGUGUACCUGAUUCAGACUGCAGAGGUUUCUCACCAGAUGUCUUUGACUGAGGUUGAAGUUGGUGGAAAUGUUACUCUUCAAUGUCCAGUUUCUGCGACAGAUGGCAAUUUUUUUUACUGGUACAAGCAGUCUCUUGGACAUAUGGUUCAAACAGUUGCUUCUGUAAUUGUUGGCAAAUUAACAGUUGGUGAACAAGUUUCACGGUUCACAUUAACACAAGAGGAUUCUCAGUAUUUUCUUACCAUCAGAAAUGUCAACAAAAUGGACGAAGCAACAUACUUCUGUCAGAUUGGCACAGCGUAUUUACAGAGUUUGGUCAGUGUCACCUUCUUGGCUGUGAACGAUUGUAAUCAGCAGAAAUCUUUCUACGUGAAACAAAGUCCAGAGACUGAGUGGGUCCAGCAGGGCGAACCAGUGACUCUCCAGUGUUCAUUUCUCCCCAAGAACAAAGAAAACACAGCUCAGUGUCCAGCUGAACACAGUGUGUACUGGUUCAGAUCUGGAUCAGGAGGAUCUCAUCCAGACGUCCUUUACACUCACAGUGAUGAACAAGAGGAAAGAAGUUGUGUCCACAGUCUGUCCAAAACUAUACAGGACUCCUCUGAUACUGGGACUUACUACUGCGCUGUGGUCACAUGUGGACAGAUCCUGUUUGGUGAAGGAACUAGAGUGGAGACAAGUCACAUAUUAAGAGAAGCCCCUGGCUGCAGCCUGCAGUUCGGGGCGGAGCUCAACGGACGUUGA